UUUUUUUUUUCUAUUUGUAUACUGUUUCCACAAGCUUUUUUUUCUUGUACAAAUAUAAUAAAGCAAAUAUGGCAGCUGCCGCAAUUUCUUCAGCACCAGCUUCAAAUGCUACAAAUGCUCCCACAAACAACAGUUUCAAUGCCUCAGUAAAAAAUGAUACCAGCCAGCAACUUGCUUCUCAAGACGUUGGUUUGAUAUUUGUCAGAGAAUAUUAUACUUUCUUGAACAAGAAACCCCACCGUCUUCAUGCCUUUUACAACAAAGAUUCUAUGCUUGUUAGAGGUGACGAAGGUAUUAUAAGCAAUACUGCCAAAGGACAGGAGGAGAUACGUAAGAGACUUGAAGAAUGCAAAUUCGAAGAUUGUAAAGUCCUUGUUACGCAAGUUGAUAGCCAGAUUUCUGCCAAUAAUGGCAUUCUUGUUCAAGUCAUUGGCGAAAUGUGUAAUGCCAAUGGCCCUUCAAAGAAGUUCACCCAAACAUUCUUCUUGGCUACUCAACCCAACGGAUACUAUGUUUUGAAUGAUAUUUUCAGAUUUUUGAAGGAUGAAGUAGAAAUUGAUUAUUAUAAUACUGAUAGUGGCAAUACUGCCGCUGCCGCUGCUGCUGCUGCCGUUACUGCUGCUGCCAUUAACAACAGAACUAGCAACGCUUCUUCUGUAACAAAUGGUGCAGUUAAUACUAUUGAUACCAGUACCCCAACUGCUAUUACUGCAGAUAAUAGUCCAGCUACUACAACUACUUCCUCAGUUACAACUCCUACCAUUGCAACAAAUACCACAAAUGCUACCUCCGCCACACCUACCUCUACGACAGCAGCCGCACCCUCAGCUGUUGAAGAAUCCAAAUCCCAGGCUAAGGAUUCACAACAAGCACAAAAACAACAUGAAAAAUUACCUUCUGAACAGAAGCCUGCCAACGAAAAGAGACCUACGGAUAUAAAGCAACAACAAUCAGGACAAGAUGGUCAUAAGAAAGCUGAAUCUAAAAAGAAUGAAGAACCCAUCAAAAAACCUACUACCGCCGCAACCGCUAACACAACAACUACUCCCGAAGUAGAAGCCAAGAAACCAGCUGAAGAGCAAUCUCAUCAAUCCCAACCCACAUCUAAGAAGAACAAGAACAAGAACGAUUCAAAGCAGAAUAAGCAACAACAGCAACAAGUAGAAAAGCAGUUGGAUAAGGAAAAGCAACAAGCAUCUAAGCAAGUUGAAAAGCAAGCAAAAGAACAAGCUAAAGAACAAGAGAAACAGACUGAAAAACAGAUCGCUGAUAAACAAGUUGAAAAGCAGCAACCUGCCGAUAAGCAAACACAAAAGCCCGCCGCCAGCUCAACUGAUAAACAACAACAGAAGCCUGCUGGUGCUACGACUACAUCAGCCACUGAAAAGCCAGCUGAGAAGCCAGCUGAGAAGCCAGACGAGAAACUUGCCGAGAAGCCUACCGAGAAACCCGUCGAGAAACCCAAACCCAAAACUUGGGCCAGUUUGACUGCUGCUGCUGCUGCUGCUGCUGCUGCUGCUGCUGCACCUACAAAUCCAGUCAAUCAACCUGCCCACCACCCAACCACCGCUGAAAAGCCUACAACUACCUCUGCUAGUUCUUCACCCGCCUCAAGUGUCAAUAGCCCUGCUACCCAAACCACAGCUUCCGCAGUAAACGCUACCACCACGACUACUGAUAAACAACAUACUGCUGCUGCUGCUGGCCAUCAGCAACAGAAUAAGAAUCAAGGUCGUAAAGAAAUGACUCAAAUCUUUGUCAAAAUGGUAACUGAAUCAGUUACUGAAGAUUUGCUUAUUGAAGCUUUUAGUAAGAUCGGUCCUGUUAAACAAGUCAGUAUUGCCCGCCACAGAAAUUGCGCUUUCCUCGACUUUACAUCGCCGGACACGGUUCCCAAAGCAUUAGCUCAACACAAGGUCAUGCUAAGUAACAAUCAAAUGGUUCUGGCUGAAGAACGUCGUUGGAACAAUCAAAACAAUAAUAGCCAGCAAAACCGAUAUAACAAUCAGCAAAGACAGCAGAAUCAAGGUUAUAAUAGAAACAAUAAUAACCGCAACAAUAGACAACAGGGUCAACAGCAACAAGGCCAACAACAAAACCGACAGAAUCAAGGCGGCAAACAAAGAAAAUAAAGUCUAAGUUUUAAGAAUGAAAUAACGAAUUGCAAUA